GACGAAACGGCGCCUUUCCGCGUAUCCGCACCCUCGAAGUUCAGCAUCCCCCUCAUCGUCCCCACUUACGCCCUUGAAUACCCAGAGCUACAAUGGCCGCAGCAGUAGCACUCCCACCCGCAGAGCUGCACCGCAACCGCCCCGGUAUCAGGCAAGAGGCAUGGUCCCAAUGGCCAAUAACACCAAUCGAUCAAGUCGAAUCGACCUUCCCCGCGCAGGAAUACAUCCAGAACCUGAUUCGGAAGGACCCGGCGGAUUUGAAGAAGAUUGUGGAGGUUCCGGCGGGGCAGGAUAGGGAUGUUUGGCAGUAUGAGCAUUUGAGACAGAUAUGCCUGCAACUCAACAGCCUAGUAGUCCUACUCGAACCCGAAUGCACGGUCGAGUCCUGUCCGGAGAUGAAAGCCCACGAGUGGUUGUACCUAUGUGCAGGGCAUCCGAGUCCACAAGGGUGCCCGGCAUUAGACUACAUAGUCCACACCCUUGACAGCGCCACCGCCCUCCUUAACAGCCAAAAGUCCUUCUCCAGCAGAAUAUCAAUCCCCCAAUCCUCUCUGAAACACUUCGCCAACAUCACCCGCCGCCUGCACCGCAUAUUCGCGCACACGUGGUUCCACCACCGCGCCAUCUUUCAGGAGUUUGAGGUCGAGACGCAUCUUUAUGGACGGAGUUACUAUUUGAUUAAGUAUUUUGAUGUAAUGCCAGACGACGCCGUCAUCGUCCCCGUAGAAGCUUGCAUGGCCGAUAUACCAUACACAGACACGAUAACAACCGAAGACGGCGAUGGCGACGAUCAGCCUGGCCGGACCGUUCUGUAGCCCCGCCCGUUACCCAUCCGGUCAGAAGCGUGGAUGCGCUGGGCUGGCAAGAUGCGCACCUCAUUAUGAAACGAUAGCGAGGCGUGUAUAUGUACCCCCGAUAUAGCGGUAUACUCAACCAGCACGCAUGAGAGGACGGCUUCUGGGUUCAGCGGAUACUUGCAAAAAUCGCACACCUAUGCGGCAAAUGCGAUCUUCACAUCAACACGGCGCGGGAAGCUGCUGGUGCGGAGAAGGAGCAAUGAAUCCAGGGUCAUAUAGGUGGAUGCGAGCCUGGCCGAUGAUGUUUUUCUUGUAAAAAAGAUAUAUAUGGUGGCUCUUGUCGCCGGGUGUUAUGAACGGGACAUCCGAGUUUUAUGCUCGCAUAUGCGCAUUUUCAUGUUCCAGAAUCCAG